AGCAACAGCACCAGCAACCGCAUCAACAAGUCCCGCCGUCAUCUCACUCGCCACCAUCCACCACGAACAAUUCCAAUCCUCUGACCGUUAAAGAUCUUAUGCUCGGCGUCAUCGAGAUGCAAUUGAAACGGAAUCCCAACAGUCCGGCCGGGACCGGCGGGUCGUCGAUACCUGUCAAUUCCGGAACGCCGACGAUAUCUAGUAUAUUAAAAACCGAUCACCGGAACGACAUCACUUUUGUACGAGAAUAUAAACCGUCGAGUUCCAUGGCGAACACCGCCAUGCCUAGGGACUCGAGCUUGGCGACCUUGUCGGUCGUGUCUGGUCCUCAUCACGCACAUCGUUCUGCUCCUAGUCCGCAACAAAUUGGUCAAAUGCAAGCAACGAUUACUCCCUGUCCACCGACGGCGUCGAGCAGUCAAUCUUCAUCGGAUCUGCUUCCAAAAGAAGGAUUGGUCGUGAUGCAGGUGCAGCAAGCGCUGCGCGAGAGCACCGAGGGCACCCUGGACUUGAGCAUUAAAAAGCCAAGGCAACAACAAGAGUAUAACCAUUCCUUGCAGACGCUUCACAAACCACCGACGGUUACCCUCUACCGACCGGAACCACCGUCGGGUGCUUACUAUCAUCCCCAUGCUCACCCUGAACAAGGUCGCGGCGCGAAAAGUCCGCUCGUCUACGUGUCGUCGCCGCGACCUCAAGCGCCUCUUACACCUAAAAUGAAUAAAGUUGCCGUGCCGCCGCCACAUCCGAAAUUGUCACCUAAAUUGAGCGCCAUGGGGACGACGGGUCACAAAAGCGGCUCCAUCACGCACGGUACACCGGUUUCUAGCGCUCGUUACGAGGGUCUCCUUCGGCAAAUGACACCCCCUGGAAACCCUUGCAGCGUCGCUGGUACGCCGAGCGUUCAAAGCGGUUCGAAUGCCGUGAACGCUCCCAGCAACCAAGGACCUAAAGAAACAGGAUCCAUAACUCAAGGCACCCCGGUACAUCCUUUCGCGGUGGACAAACGGGCACCCAUGUACGACUACCAUAGAACGAUCAGACACUCACCGGUGACGACGGGUAACAUUCCUGGACAAGGUCAAGCCCAAGCAGGAACAGCGGCGGUCGUAGUGACUCAUAGCAAUCAAUACAACUCUUACUCGGGUCGGCCACCGCCUAGUUACACGAUGGAACAGCAAUUGUCAUCGAGACAAAUUAUCAUGAACGAUUAUAUAACCAGCCAACAGAUGCACGCGCGUAGUCGAAGUAGCGGUACGAACGAAGGUGGUAGCAAGAACGAGGCGCCCUCGACGUUGUAUUACACGAGCACUCCGCCGCCGCCGCCGCCGCAAACGCAUACGCAGCCUCGGCAGGGUGUCAUACAAAGGCACAACACGCAGAAACAAAUUCAUUAUCCGCCUCCGCCGCCGGGACUGGAGGCCUUUUCUAGUUUAGUAGACGUCGCUGUGCAACAACCAAGUCUUCCGGUUCCUCAUCCGCAUAGUCAUCCCGCGUCUGGAAGUAGCAGUCACGAGGGUCUCGGUAAAACGAUGGCGGACAGGCUGUUGGCCGAUCGCUACGCGGACAAGCAUCGUCUAGCGAUGCAUCAAGCCGAUCACAGAAUGGCCGUGGCGCACCAUCAUCAACGCGAUAGAGAAAGGGAACGAGAUCUGGCUCAUUUGCGGGAGAAAGAGGAGUACAGGCUGCAACGGGAGAAGGAAAUUAUUCAACAGCAAGAGCACAGGAUGCAACAGAGGGAGAAGGACGCGCAGCACGCCGAGCAUAGGUUGUCGAUACAGCAGCGAGAAAAAGAUAUACAGCAACACACCGACCACCGUCUGACCGUCCAUCAGCAGAGAGAGAAGGAAAUUCAGCAACACAUGGCGGUGGCAGCUGCUCAACGAGAGAAGGAACACCAGGAGCAUCGUUUAGCGGUACAACAACAAAGAGAAAGGGAUCUGCAUAUGCAACAACAGCAACAACAGCAGCAGCAGCAGCAGCAACAGCAACAGCAACUCCAGCAGCAUAUACAGCAGCAGCAAAGGAUGGAGGCCGAAAGAAGGCACAUGGCUCAAUUGUACAGAGAUCAACAGCAGCAGCAACUAGACAGGGACGCAAACAGAUUGAUAAGCAGCGGAUUCUCUCAAUCCUCCAGGCAUCAACAACCGCAGCAGCAGCAGCAACAGCAACAGCAACAAUCGUCGUCUAAACAGAGUCAGUCCUCCAGUCAACAACAAAAUGAAACGGGAUCUACUUUGACCGCCGCCAGUCUGAUAGACGCUAUUAUAACUCAUCAAAUUAAUCAAAGCGCCGAAAAUACUGGCGGAAACUCUCAACCGCAACGACCCGGCGAUCGCCUUUUUCAGGGAUUUCAUCGGGAAGUUCCAGCGGAACCCAAUGGGAUGGCCCAUAGUCCUGCCGGCGAGGGAAACGGUGGUAACAGCGGAUCGGGAAACACGGGUGGCAACGGAAGCGGAAAUAAACCGAUUACUCUUGGAGAACACGUUGAUCAUAUUGUUUCUACAGAUUACGGCCCUUCACAUUCCUCGUACAGAUCGUACACCGGGUAUCAAAUCUCGGAAGAUCAAUGGAAGAGACGGAAAGCCAAUGAAUCCAAUUCCGUUAAAACUGGAGACGAACGUCAGAUAAUACGUGUCACGCAGCAACAAUCGCAGCAGCAACAACAACAGCAGCAGCAACAGCAACAACAACAGCAGCAGCAGCAGCAACAACAACAACACCACCAACAGCAACACCAGCAGGCACCAUCCUCGGUAGGAAAGCAACAGUUCCAUUCCGUUGAACCCGUUUCGCCCCCGGAAGCAGGUACCAACCAUUACGGACGUCGCUUGUACGAAACAACCACUGCCACGUCAACUUCCGGAACUCCUUCCAAUAAGCCGCAUCUCUCGCCGUUGGAUUACGUUAAGAAUAAGAUCGUCGAAGUUAUGCGUACAUCCGAGGACGAUAAAGGUGGCGGCGCCGCGGGUGAUAGGAACGGUGGGAACGCGACGGGCGGGGAAAAGGACGAAAAGAUGGGAGGGAACGUCGAGAGUCCCUCCAGCGGUGAAAUGAUGGUCGACGAAACGCCGAAUCAAGCACCGCAACCGCCCGCGCCCGCUCCCACCACCACCUUUUAUCCUUUCAGUGCGUUAGGCGUGCACACCGGCCCGCCGCCGGCACCGCCGCCUCCGACAUCCGGAUCUAGUUCCGUGAAGACCGAACAAAUGCAAGCCGAACCGGCACCGUUGCUUUCCGCGCAGUACGAACCGCUCUCCGACGAGGAUUGAUAGUCUAAUAAUCUAGCGACAUACAGAUCAACUUGCUGUGACGACUUUCUUAGGGUAUUUAUAUACAGUUUGUUCAAUCUCGACGAAAGUUUUAUCCAGGCGACGAUAACGAUCGAAUGUUUCGUAAUUUACCAAUGUUUUCGGGCGUCAGCCAUUACGUUCUUACUGGUCGUCAAAUUCUCAUCCUAAUCGAACAGAGAUUCGUUUCUCCUUUCUGUUUCGUUGUCUUCUUCUUCUUCUUCUUUUUUUUUUUUUACACAAACUUUAUCAUAUCCCGAAACAGUACGAUGUUUUAGAGUUUGUUUUAUAAUCUUCAUACCUUCAUCGUAUUUUUAGUCAAAGAUCAUUCCCGCGUUACGUGAAAUAACCGUUUUACUCAAAAGAAUGCAUUGUUUCUAGUGCUCCCCCGCAGAGUCCUUUCGCCAUUUUGUUCGAACGUAACGGUAGUGUAAUUUUAAUCGAUAAUUAAUAUUUUUUAUGCAUUACUUACCUCCGCGUUGAUGUGUACUAAAAAGAAAAAAAAUAAUCUGUACGAUCACCUGCUAGAUUAAAUAUAAUUAUUCCUGUUUCCGUCGCCAUUUUUUUUUUCAUCUUUUUUCUCGUAAGGAAGCGUUUUUUUCUUUUCUUUUUUUUUUGAAUACUUUUUCGUUCUUCCGAUUCAUCGUCGGUAAAAGGAAACGCGGAAUUUUAAUUUUAAAGCGGUAUCGAACAAUUUGUACAGACUUGGCUAUAAAUUUAUUAAAUUUUCUGUACGAAGUCAUUACGUAUCGUGAUAUUUAAUUUUUUAAUAUAUUCGAAGGAAUAUUAAACGAUAUGUAAGGAGAGCCCCGUAAACGACAAAAAAAAAAGAAAAAAAACAAAGGUGUUUUUCCAUGCUUUAAUACGUUUGGAAUACUCUCGAUGCGUUGAUAAUCUUUAUAGACCAAGUAUUGUUUCACGGUUCACGUUCAUGAUGCACAGUAUACACACAUACAUCGUUACGCAAAUUUCCAUUCCUUUUCUCGAUUAAAAUUCUUUCGAUCAGCGGGUUGAGUCUGAGGAGACUAAAGUUUCUUAUAUAUAUAUAUACACAUAUAUAUAUAUAUACACACGCGUAGAAGAAAAAAAAAAGAGAAAUGAACGCGUGUGUAUAUAUAUAUAUAUAUAUAUCGACCUGUGGAACGUCCAGGCUUGCCCAAGUUCACAAUGGAGACGCUUUUUUGUACAUAAUGAAUUAUAAUGUAAUCGUUAAAACGACAAUGCAGCGCUAAUGGCAUACGUGUUUUUAUUUGGAAUGAGUCUGUGAUGUGUCUGGGAUUAAAAACCUCAACUAUUGUACCAGUGCGACGAGUCGAUCUCCAAUAACGUGCGGAGUUAGGUCGGGCGCGACAAGGACCUCGUACAACGCGUUCUCGCGCACGGCGGACGACGCGCUUUGUUCACGCGCGAUCAGGUGAAAUGUUCUUCUCCUUGGUGAAGUGGGUUUUAAAUGAAAAUGGAAAAAAAGUGUAAUUCUAAGUGUUGUACAUAGUACACAAUAUUAAUUUCUAAGUUGUGCAAGUAGGUAUAUGAUGGCUAGUUUUGUCGUAUGCUAUUGUAAGAGUCUAGAUUUAGCGUAAGUGACGUAGCUAGCAUUUAGGGGGUUAGACGCCAUGAACUCUGACUAAGGGAGAAUCUUCCCGAACCUACGUUCUCUUAUUAAUAAACAUACAGGGCGAUCGAAUAACGAUGGAAUCGUUCGUCAGCGAAUGGAUAUAUAUAUAUAUGAUUUUAUUUGAUUCUGAAACGAAAAUACCCGAUUGUACGCUCUGACUAUCAAAGAUACGUUACGCGAUCACACCGUAUCACACACACGUCGGUGAACACACAUAUGUGUACACGUAAAGAAUUUUUAUAUUAGCCUAAUUUUAUAUUUGUAUGCAACAAAACGUAAGUUCAAUCGUGCGGUCUGCUCCCUCGUUUAGUCAUGCAAUACUCGAAACAAGCCUUAGUACUCGACACAAGGAUUGCUUUUUAUUGCAAACAUUGCCGCACCGUAAGUCGCUUUUACCAAAACAUUUACCGAUAAUAUACAUACGUACAUACAA